GUUGUGCUGUAGGCCGACUUCGGUGAUUGUGGCAAAAUGUCCGGCAAUGCUGGAAUGGAACAGCUUAUCCCGCUAGUAAACAAGCUGCAAGAUGCUUUUUCCUCACUAGGACUACCGCUCAAUUUGGACUUGCCACAAAUAGCAGUUGUAGGCAGCCAAAGUGCGGGAAAAAGCAGUGUGUUGGAAAAUUUUGUUGGGCGGUAAGGUGAAGCUAUCUGUAUUUAUCCCUUCUUGCAGCGAUUUCCUCCCACGGGGUAGCGGGAUUGUUACCCGUAGACCUUUGGUGUUACAGUUAAUCAACGCACGUUCAGGUACGAUCGUUCGAUUUGCCGACUUACCUACCCAGAAUACGCCGAAUUUCUCCAUCUGAAAAAUAAACAAUUUACCAACUUCGAUGAAGUUAGGAAGGAAAUUGAAGCUGAGACCGAUCGGGUUACCGGAUUGAAUAAGGGGAUUUCGAACUUGCCGAUUAAUCUACGAGUUUAUUCCCCUAAUGUUCUCAACUUGACCCUAAUCGACUUACCCGGUAUGACCAAGGUUCCAGUGGGUGACCAACCGCCAGACAUUGAGAUCCAAAUCCGCAACAUGAUCCUCGAGUUUAUCACACAGGAGAGCUGUCUAAUCCUUGCGGUCUCGCCGGCCAAUUCGGAUCUGGCCAACUCGGAUGCGCUCAAACUGGCUAAGGAGGUGGACCCACAGGGAAUGCGAACAAUCGGUGUCAUCACCAAAUUGGAUUUGAUGGAUCAGGGAACGGACGCCAAAGAUGUUCUGGAGAAUCGCUUGCUACCGUUGCGGCGUGGCUACAUUGGUGUGGUCAACCGGAGCCAACGAGACAUCGAUGGCCACAAAGAUAUUAAAGCAGCUCUCGCAGCGGAACGCAAGUUCUUUCUCACGCACACGGCUUACCGCCACAUGGCCGAUCGAAUGGGCACACCAUUUCUACAAAGUACCUUGAACCAGCAGCUGACCAAUCACAUUCGAGAUACGUUGCCGGGGCUGCGGAACAAGCUACAAUCGCAAAUGUUGGCUAUCGAGAAAGAAGUGGACGAGUACAAGCACUAUCGUCCCAGUGAUCCUUCGUUCAAGACAAAGGCGUUGUUACUCACAGUCCAAAGUUUUGAGAAUGAUUUCCAUCAGGCCAUCGAUGGUGGGGGUGCGGAAAUCGAUACGAAAACUCUGUCAGGUGGAGCUCUGAUCAAUCGUAUCUUCCAUGAACGAUUCCCCUAUGAGUUGGCUAUGAUCCAAACAGACGAAGAGGAACUACGAAAGGAAAUUAGCUACGCCAUUCGAAACAUUCAUGGAAUUCGCACUGGUUUGUUCACACCGGAUUUGGCCUUUGAAACGAUCACUCGCAAACAGAUUGAGAAGAUGAAAGUCCCAUCCGUCAAAUGUGCUGACUUGGUGGUGAACCAACUGACCGAAGUGGUUCAUGCUUGCACCAGUCGGAUGGAAAACUUUCCACGCCUUCGCGAGGAAACCGAGCGUAUUGUGAAUCAGUGGAUCCGCGAAAGAGAAGUACGAGCCAAGGAACAACUCAUUCUGUUGGUCGAUAUUCAAUUGUCCUAUAUGAACACAAAUCACGAGGAUUUCAUUGGGUUCGCCAACGCUGAGCAACAGUCUUCGGAAACUGCAAAAGCCAAACCAGGAGAUAAGGUCAUUCGAAAAGGCUGGCUUUCGCUUCAGAAUGUGACCCUUUUGCGCGGUGGAAGCAAAGAAUUCUGGUUUGUCCUGAACACCGAGGCAUUGACCUGGUAUAAGGACAACGAGGAAAAAGAGAAACGAUAUGUGCUACUUCUGGACGGACUGAAAAUUCGAGAUGUGGAAACCGGGUUCUUUGGCAAGAAGCACGUGUUCGCGCUGUUUUACCCGGACUCGCGAAAUGUGUACAAGGACUACAAACAGCUGGAGCUAUCGGCAGAGUCUUCGGAGUUGGUCGAAUGCUGGAAGGCGUCAUUUAUGCGUGCUGGUGUCUACCCCGCCAAACCGAAGGCAGAGAAAGUGGAGGAGCAGAUGGAUGGAAUGGCCUUGGACGGAGCCGACCCACAACUGGAGCGACAAGUCGAGAUUAUCCGCAAUCUUGUGGAGUCGUAUAUGAAAAUAGUGCACAAGACACAAAGGGAUUUGGUCCCCAAAUUGUUGAUGCAUAUGCUGGUCAACGAGAUCAAGAACUUCCUCAAAGGCGAACUCUUGCCCAAUCUCUAUCAAGCCGGUGACUUGAACACUCUAAUGACCGAGUCUCUUGGGGUUCAACAAAAGCGCGAGGAGAUGGUUCGUGUGUACGAUGCGAUGAAGGAGGCUCUAAGCAUCAUUGGUGAAGUAUCCAUGUCCACGGUCUCUACCCCAAUACCGCCACCGGUCAAUGAUGACUGGUUACAGGUAAAUCUCCUGUGCUCGAUGGUUUGUCUGUCCAACUUGAUAACCUGUUCCCCGAUUUUCAAUCGGCCCAUACUGUUUUCUCUGUUGCAGCAGGAUUCCAAUCUGUCGGUGAACGCCUCCACAGGACCACCUCCACCAAGUCCUGGUGGUAGCCGUAGGCCUCCACCACCUCCUCCGGGUGGCUCAGCAGGUGGUGGUAAGGUGCUGACACCUUCGGUUGCGUCUCGCGCUGCUCCGUCCGUGCCUAGUCGGACAGGCUCCAGCCCUCAGUUGCCCGCUCCAUUGGUUCCUCACGCCAACACUGAUGUUGCUGUCUUUUAUGAGGAUGAUGGUGAUGAAGAAGAUUAUGAUGAAGAUGAUAAUGAAGAAGAAGAAGAUGGUGAUGAUGAUGAUUGCACCCAUCCAACUGCGCGCUGA